GAGUCACCUCCAUGUCCAGCAGCCUUAAUGGAAGUUUAUAGUAAGCAAACAUAUUGCGUUCGACGACAAUAGCCGGUGUAGCUCCCAGAUGUUGCAACAGGCCCAAGAUUAACUGCCACAUUUUUAAAUGUAACCUCACUAGAUAUGCAGGGCCACACUUAUAAAUGAAUAAAUUUUAGGCUCCAGUGAGCUUUGCAUAACUUGCGGUUACUAACUUUAAUUUUGCUUUAAUUUGUAUUACAGCAUUGCAACGCUUUAAACAGACAACAGGUUUUCCUAGCAACCAGCAAGUUGAACGAACCACAGUGCACACCUAGACCUAGGUCAAUCAAUAAUCGUAAUUGUGGUAUAAAUAGAAAUUGAAAUAGAAAUAGCUAAACUUUGUGAGCGGAAGUCAUGCAAGAAACUGUUGCUCAAUUCAAGUUUAGCAACAAUGUUGCCCUUUACCAAUUUGUUUUAGCAACAUGUUGCCCAACAUGCAACAGUUGUUUGUUGCGAUGUAAUAAUGGCGCCUGCGCUAGAAUUUCCUAUAAAAUUGCAGGGGAAUUGAUUGGGGUAGAAGAUUUCCAUUUGUUGCGCAUAUGCAACAGUUCUUGGCGUGACUUGAAGACAUUCUGGUAAUUUCUUUUAUCGGGGCGCUAAACAAUUUCUGGCUUAGUUGUUGACAAGUUGUUUGGCAAAUUUUGACACCUUUCAUAAAUACAUGAAACCAUAAUUAGUUGUAUCUGCUCAAUAUGCAUUUUCUUCAUGAAAAAAUCUUUAAUACUGACUACAUACCUAUUGUGUGUGCUCUACAUAUUUAUUUGAUACAGAACUUACUUGUAUAAAACUCAAAACUUGCCCAAUAUCAAGUUGACUAGUACAUAUAUUUGAAAAAAUUUACGCUUCUAUUGAUUAUAGGUGUAUAUACAAUAAGAAAUGUAUUCCUUCACAAGUAGCAAACAUUUUUGCACAAGCUUUUCUCAAAUCACCGCUAAUAUCUCUCCCACUGUGCAAUGAUUACUUAAUAAGUUCCGCAUCAUAUUCGUAACGUUAUUCUACAAACGUUUUUGCGAAGCACGCUACGGUUUUUUUUAUCGUCUAAUGCAAGCGUAUUUUUGCUUUAGAUACGUUGAAAAUUAUUUAAAAUAAAGUUCUACUGAAGUAAUAAAAAGAAGAAAUAUCAUAAUAUACUUCCACGCCAAACUUGAUUUCAUUUUUUAAAAAAAGUGGUUUGUCGAACUCAAAGCCAUUUUAAAAGUCGCCAUAUAUUCAAAUACAGUUUUGUAAAUAAACUUACAACGCGAUUUACUCAUUUCAUUUGCUGUUCAUCUCUGCUUAGAGCAGGUUCACAUUGGAGCUGAGAUAUUGAAAACUUUAAAGUUCUGCAAGCAAUGACUAAGUUGUAUAUAUUAAUCGCAGCUGUCUGUUUUUUAUAUAAAACUGUGUGUAGCACCGUACUGCCUAGUGAUAUUGUAAAAUGCCACUUUGGAGAUUCACCUUGUAUUAUAAAAAGCAUUAAUGAUGUAAUCAGAAAAUAUCCCAAAGGCAUACCGGAGAUUGGUUUGCCGCCAUUGGAUGCAACGGAACUGGAAGAUGUUUCUGUGUUGGAUUCACCAUACCGCGGUCCGAUCUGGCUAACUUUUCACAUGAGAGAUAAUGUUAACAAGGGCUUCAACAAUGCAACAGUUACCCACAUUGAGGGUUUCAAUCGAGAUCCAACAAUAGAACCAAUCGUGAUAAAAGCUCGCAUUCCGCGACUUGUGCACGAAGCAACCUACGAUAUGCAAGGACAGUGGCUAAUACUGAAAGCAAACACAACCGGAAAACUGCAAUCUGAUUUUCAGAACAUUCACUUUACGCUCAAGAUAAAGAUCAUACUGGAAUAUCGCAACAAUAAGCGAUAUCUUAAAGUGUAUGAACUCGUACCCGUAGUCACGUUGGAUCGAUGGAUUAUUUGGAUGAAUGAUUUAUAUAAAGAAAAUACCGACUUAACAAUAGCUGUAAAUCGGUCAUUCAAUAAAAAUUGGGUGGAAUUUUGGAACGGUGUUGAGCCGGGACUACUGAAGGCAUUUUCGUUGGCAUUUACUGGUAUUCUCAACAAGGUACUGGAGAAUGUUGCCUAUGACGAUAUGUUUCUACCCGAUUUCAAUAGAACGAAUGGGUCAUUAUAAAGUUAGUGAAUCGAUUAGUUCAUAAUUAACGUUAAUUAAUUUAUUUAAAUUUAUCGAAAAUUCGUAUAAAUUGGAAUACCGAUAUCAAUUUUUAUUGUUAACGAUAAAGCAUUAGGACUAGAAAAGUUGCAGUCCUUACAUCUUGUAAUUCCUGCUGCUUUUAAUAAACUCAAUCUAAUUGAAUUAUGUUAUCCACUAAUCUAACAAAAUAAUCGAUUUAAUUAGCGCCUAAUCUAAACAUCACCAAUCCUGCAUUAGGCCAAGUUUACCAAGCAAUACGUCAGUACUGACAGUAAAUUAACGUGGCUUGCAAAUCGACGUUGCAUGCAAUAGACACAUCAGACGUCGUCAAGGGUGGCAAAUUUCGACACUCAACUCACACCCAUA